CUGCCUCUUUCUCCUCCUCGUUUUCCUCUACUCCUCCUUCUCAGCGCUCCUCUCCUCCUCUCUCUGUGCUGGUUUCUGUUCCCUUCAUAUUUGGGCUGCUAAUGCUGGUUGUACUGGUUGUACUGGUUAGGCGAUGUGUCCAGAGGAAACCUGAAGAGAGAGAUCCUGCAGCUGCUGCCUCCUACUCAUCAGUGAAAAGAACAGCAGCAAACCACCAAAAGGAAUCAAACAGCAAACGAGAGCAAGAUCCUGCACCAGAUGCCACCUACUCCUUAGUGGAAAGAACAACAGCAAACAGCCAGUAUGAGUCAAAUGUGACCAGAGAGAGCGAUCCCGCUGCAGUUUAUUCUUUACUGUAUGGAACAGCUGAUGUCAGCUAUGCACAGAUCGCCAUCAGGACAAACAGCAGUUACAGAGACUUUGCAAAAGACUCAGCCGUCAUCUACUCCUCGCUGAAGCAGACCCACACACCUUCACCACAGCUUAACCAGUCUGACCAUUGACGUCCAGCUCGCUGCCAAACACAUCCCUGCACUCCUCUCUAUAUUAUUUAUUAUUUAUUUAAUCCUCUGUGUGUUUACAGUCGUACAGCUGCACUGGACCAGUUUGAAUGUAGAGCUCAGGAUGAAG